GUUCUGAUUCAACCCGGAGCCUGGGAACUUCCAUAUGCUGUGGUGCAGCCCUAAAAACAGAAGGGGAAAAAAACCCACUGCAGUGAACAAAGUAUCUGGCAUAGUAUUAAAUCAAAUGUUUAUUCUUUCCUUUUCUCAGCAAACUUUUUUUUUUUUUGAAGUAUCUGCCGUAUGCCAAGUUUAAUAAGUGAUAAAACCUUUUGAGUUGAAAGAAUGAGGUAUAAACUCUGUGUGCACUGAGUGUCUCCUCCAUACUGUUGAGUAGAAGGCUUGCUUGCGGGGUGCUAUCUGGAUGCCCUUGGCCCACACUUCUAAGACGGGUUACAGGUAGUGUUCUGGUUUGCCCGAGACGGGUCUAGUUUAUGCCUGUUGUCACAGUGUAAUUCUUAGCGCCCCCUUUCAUUCUCAGAGUGUCCCAAUUUGGGCUAAAUGGUAUGAUCUCCCUUGUUACAGGAGACCUGAUUUUAGGCCGUACAUGAAGCCCCAGAAUAAGCAUGACAUAUAUUUCUAGAGUGUCAGUUUACUGCUUGGUAAGAAAUUGAAACCAUUUCAUUCGUAUGGUGAAUAUUUCUUAAAUGUCUGUUAGUGCAGGCAGCUUCCUGGGUGCUGGUAACACAUCAGUUCACGAUGCACAAAAAUCAAUGCCCUCAAGUCGUAGUAGAGAUAGAAAAUAAAAAUUAAAUAGUGUGUUCAAACAUAAUUAGUGCUGUGAAGACAAUGCAAAGGGAAGGAGUGCCAAGACAUUUUGGGGAAGAAAAUUGUGAUUUUAGUCCGAGGAGGUUUGGGGUGGUAACAUUUGGGCUCCGACUUGACGGGGUUAACUGCCCGUGCAUGUGUCUGGGGCCGAGCGUCCCAGGCAGAGGAAUCAGCGAGUUUGAAGACCUUAAGCUGGAGUGUGCCCAGCACUCAGAGAGGGCCAGCUGCUCACGGAGCUGCAGGACGGCAGGAGAGGGGGGUGAAGUCAGAGAGGGGCGAGAAAGGAGGUGGUUCUAUGGCUUUUGGGUGGCGCGAGAUGUGAAACUUCCGGUGGGUUCGAGCAAAACAGUGAUGUGGUGACUUGCGGUCACUCUGGCUGCUGUGCUACAAAUCGAUGAUAGGCCGCCCAGGAUGAAAGCAGGGGAUGUAGUUAAGGAGGCCCUUGCUAUAGCCAACCCGGACAUUACGUCACAGAAAAGAAAGCCAACCUGGGUCUUAGGUCACAGAAAAAACCUAAUUCGCUUAACAUUUCAAAACAGGAGUUCCCAUAGUGGCUCGGGGGAAACGAAUCCGACUAGGAACCAUGAGGUUGCGGGUUAGGUCCCUGGCCUCACUCAGUGGGUUAAGGAUCCAGCGUUGUUGAGAGCUGUGGUGUAGGCCACAGACGCGGCUCGGAUCCAGCACUGCUGUGGCUCUGGCGUAGGCUGGCAGCUACAGCUCCGAUUCGACCCCUAGCCUGGGAACCUCCAUAUGCCACGGGUGCGGCCCUAAAAAGACCAAAAAAAAAAUUCAAAACAGAGGCCCAGACCUUUCUCUAUGAAAUAUGGGCCUUUAACUAACAUUUUGUUAGUGGGCUUUUCGGGUCUUACCCCAGUCUUCAAAGUAUAUUAUGUAGUGCUUGGUCUCUGCUCUUAGGCGUCUCCUAGCUUUUGAAUGAGUACUGUCUUCCUCCUUGAGAACGCGGGGAGUUUUCACUCACUCUGGUGGUCAGGGAGUUUUUCCAUCGUUCAGAACCCUCGGAGUUGUUCUGCCGAGACAUUCCCAUACACGCAGUUUGGGUUGUGCAGCGAGAGGCGGGCACCUGGUAAGCGAGUCGGGGUGGAAGCACAUCCAGCUCCGUCAUCCCCGUGGCUUCACGUUCCGUUAGUCUUUUCCUACUACUUGCAUUUUCCUUCUGGUUAAUUCCAACAGCUAACCAGCAUCUCUGCUACAAACUCCCAGCUCACACUUAUGCAAAGGAAAGUUCCAAAACAUGGCACUUGCAGGAAAACCAUAGGCUGUUAUGGUUGGAAGGUUCAUCUAAGCCAGUUCUUUUGUUUUACAACAGGUUAAAAACUUGAACCCUCAUGCAGUUUAAUGGUGGGAGUGAAUCCAGACUCUGGAUUCCAGGCUUUUUUCUGCAGCAGCCUGUCCCAGAGGACUUUCUGCAGUAACAGAAAUGUUUGUAUGUUGUCACAUGAGGCCAGUGUGACUGAGGAGAUACAUUUUUAAUUCAGUUGUAAUUAAUUUAAGUGUAAAUAGCCACAUGAAAUUAGUAGGCAGUACACCUUGUUGUCAUCCGAUAAAACAUUUGUUGUUAUUAAUCAGUUACAUGCAGUAAAACACAUAAACACUCCAAUACGUUUAGUCAUUUAAAAGACUGCAAAUGGACCCUAAAAUACUGUGUCAUACCUAAAUACCAUUGAUUUAAGAUACACCGUCCUUUUAUGUACUUCUCAGAAAUGCCACCACUUAUACACGACCCAGCGCUCUCCUCAUCACCUAGAAUUGGUUUCUAUUCUUAGAAGUGUCCUUUUAGACCUAACUAGACACAUAAUUGUCCAUCUCUGGCACAUACGUGAAAAGGAAAAUAAACAUUUCAGAUCUGUCUCUUCUGAAUCACUUUUCACGCUCGGACUCAUUGGUAGCCUAUUUUUUUCUCAUAAUAUUGUUUCAUGCAUUAGUGAUGCAGAAUUUCUUUGAAGAGUGCAUUUUUCUUAAAAAAAAAAAGAAAGCCUUUAUGAGUGGGUUCUUAGGAAGAGACUGGUUCUGUGGAGCUGGCCGGUAUUUGAUUUCUACGUCAUCACCUCCUUUCCCUCCCUAUAGCCACUUGGCUUUUGGGUUACAUGUGACUGCACCUCUGAUUUCUUGACUUUUCUUCAAGACAUUGACACCUAUUGUGGAAGUUUCCAGGCUGGCCAGCAACAGAAAGUUGCAUCCCGAUUUCAGAGCUAUUAAAAUUGUGGCUUAGAAUCAAAGGAAUGUAAUGGCAGAUUGAAUUUAGUGUAGUGCCUUUUCACGACGCCUCUCCUCUGACCCUGGGAUUUGAAGCUGGUUGGCCUUGACACCCAUUAGGAAUGAUUGUAAUUGACUGUGGCAGCCAUGACUGCUGGAGAGCCAGCUUUUCCCCCAGGCCUUGGUUUUGGUCUCUAGAGCAAAGUGGUGUGGUUGCUGGUGGUGGUGUGAUUGCUCUUGUUUUUGGCUUCACUCUAGUGUAAUUUCUGCACUUUUGGGGUUUUUUUUUUUUCUUACAGCUAUCUCUGAAUGCCCAUAAUGAUAGUAAGAACUCACUCAUUCAGCACACAGGCCAGGCACUGCUCUAAGAGCCGAGUGCACUGUGGUGAAUUAUGCGGACAGAGAGCCUGUACUGGUGGGAGCUUGAAUCCUAGCUUUGUUUUGCAGAUGAGAAGGUCAGAGACAAUAGACAGGGUAUCAUGGGUAAUGGGAGGAGUGCAGAUUUCAAUAGGAUGCCAAGGAAACUGACAGCUGAGCGGGACAUGGGAAGUUACGGAGGGGAGGGGAUUUCAGGCAGAAAGGAAAAGAGCAAAAACCCGAAAGUUAAUAAAAAAUAAAGGUAAUAUAGUAGCUACAACAGUAAGAACUGCCAGUAUCUUUUACCUAAUAUUAGUGAUGUGUCACCAUUGUCUUAAAGCUUCUCUUGUGUUAUGUCUGUUAUUUCAUUUGAUCCUCCCAGUAUUUCAGCAGCCUGAGCACUCUUAUCACCCCCUUUUCUACUGAUGGGGAGACUAGUGCUCAGAGAGAGAAGCUGUGUGCCCAAGAGAGGACGUACGGCCUGGGUAAUAGUGACGCCAGGAUUUUGAUUGAAGCCUCUCAGCGCCACGUAAUUACUGUUUUAUUGCCUCUUGUAUGGAAAUCCACGAAGCUUCUCCAGUUGGCCCUCAGAGUAGAUGGGAAAAUGAGGGUAAUUUACGUGUUAAAAAAGAUAUUGAGAAGCUUUAUGAAGCGGUACCACAGCUUGGUAAUGUUUUUAAGAUUAAGGACAAAAUUGGAGAAGGCACUUUCAGCUCAGUUUAUUUGGCCACAGCACAGUUGCAAGUGGGACCAGAAGAAACAAUUGCUCUAAAACACUUAAUUCCAACGAGUCAUCCUGUAAGAAUUGCAGCUGAACUUCAGUGCCUGACAGUGGCGGGGGGGCAAGACAACGUCAUGGGAGUUAAAUACUGUUUUAGGAAAAAUGAUCACGUGGUUAUUGCUAUGCCCUAUCUGGAGCAUGAGUCCUUCUUGGACAUUUUGAAUUCUCUUUCUUUUCAAGAAGUACGGGAAUAUAUGUUUAAUCUGUUCAGAGCUUUGAAACGCAUUCAUCAGUUUGGGAUUGUUCACCGUGACGUUAAGCCCAGCAAUUUUUUAUAUAAUAGGCGCCUGAAAAAGUAUGCCUUGGUAGACUUUGGUUUGGCCCAAGGAACCCAUGAUACGAAAAUAGAGCUUCUCAAAUUUGUCCAGUCUGAAGCUCAGCAGGAAAGCUGUUCACAAAAUAAAUCCUAUGUAAUCACCGGAAGCAAAAUUUCACUGAGUGGCCCAGCAGCACCUAAGGAGCUGGAUCCGCAGCCUACCACAAAAACCUCUGUCAAGAGGCCCUACACACAUGCGCAGAUUCAGAUUAAACAAGGACAAGAUGGAAAGGAAGGAUCUGUAGGCCUUUCUGUCCAGCGCUCUGUUUUUGGAGAAAGAAAUUUCAAUAUACACAGCUCCGUGUCACAUGAGAGCCCUGCAGUGAAACUUAUGAAGCAGUCAAAGACUGUGGAUUUGCUAUCUAGAAAAUUAGCAACAAAAAAGAAGGCUAUUUCUACAAAAGUUGUGAAUAGUGGUGUGAUGAGGAAAACUGCCAGUUCUUGCCCAGCCAGCCUGACCUGUGACUGUUAUGCAACAGAUAAAGUUUGCAGUAUUUGCCUUUCAAGGCGGCAGCAGGUGGCACCUCGGGCAGGUACACCAGGCUUCAGAGCACCAGAGGUCUUGACCAAGUGCCCCAAUCAGACCACAGCAAUUGACAUGUGGUCUGCAGGUGUCAUAUUCCUCUCUCUGCUUAGUGGACGGUAUCCAUUUUAUAAAGCAAGUGAUGAUUUAACUGCUCUGGCUCAAAUUAUGACCAUUCGUGGAUCCAGGGAAACUAUCCAGGCUGCUAAAACUUUUGGCAAGUCAAUAUUAUGUAGCAAAGAAGUCCCAGCACAAGACUUGAGAAAACUCUGUGAGAAGCUCAGGGGUGUAAAUUCCAGCACUCCCAGAUUAGCAGGUGACGUCCGAGAGCUUGCGUCUCCAGACCCCAGCUUUUCAGAGAAGCCUGACCGGAAAGCUGCAGACCUCCUGCUCACACCUUCAGCACAAGCCUGGGGACCUUCAGUGUGCAAAGAAGGCGGGGACAGCUGUGGGGCUCAUUCUGAUGAGACUGCUGCUACCAGUGGAGGAGGCUGGGACGAGGUACCCGACGAAGCUUACGACCUGCUGGAUAAACUCCUGGAUCUAAACCCAGCAUCAAGAAUAACCGCAGAGGAGGCUUUGCUGCAUCCAUUUUUUAAAGAUAUGAGUUUGUGAUUAUGGUUCUUGAAUGUUUGCUCUUGUGUAUUGUGAGGUGAGGUGAAAAAGGUAUUUGUAAUAGCCUCAAAUUCUUGACCAGAGACCAGGGCGGGGUGAAUAAUUUAUUUAAAAAUCUUAGUAUUUGCUUUCCUGGAAGAUUCUAAAAUAUGGGUUAAGAUUACUUACGACGCUAGAUCUGCCCAAGUAGCAUCAGCCCUUUCGUUUCCCUAAUUCCUUGUCACUGCCACGUGCAGAAGUAGGAAAGUUUUAGCCUAGUACAUAGGGAUCGAAGGUCCGAGUCUGAAAAUUAAGGGUUGUGAUAGGGAUCAAAUAGGAGUCGAAAUUCCGAAUGUCCUGGUCUCUGGGCCGUAUGUGCUUCUGGAAGAUGCACCCUGGUGCUGGUCUUCUCAGCUCGGUAGGCGAAGAUUUCCAUGUGUUACACCUUUUAUGGACACUAAGAAGCACUGGGGUGGUGUGACUUACCGCUGAAGCUAAUUUAUUUUAAAAACAUUUCUGUGAGAGCAUCAUUUGUGUGAAUUGCCAUGUUUUCCUUAAUGGGUUUCUCCCUUGGUGGUUCUGCCUCGGCCAGCCCCACCGAGCGCAGUGUUCUUGGCAGCUUCAUGGUGCUCUCCGCACCGUUUCUGGGUGCUUGUUAGGCUCGCCUGUGUUCAUGGUUGGGAAAUUGAAAUACUGUGCUGCUCAUGGGUUGAGAAAGGGAAGCGGCGGGACCAAGGUGAAGAUCGAUGAUCCCAAAUGCUUUGCUUUUCCUCUGAAUAUUUAUGUUCCUUUCACCCCAUCUUAGGUAGAAUUAGGUAGCUGCUCAAAGGAAAAGUGAGUUCAGAAUUGAGGAUAUCGUUGGAGGUUUUUCCGCUGCUUUGAGCUGUUCAGAUCUCUGCAUCCUGCUUAGACCAAGCUGGUCCUGCUCAGAGAAGGAUGCUUACCGGAGGCUUGGGUGGGAGGGAAGAGUGGGAAUGGAGCAGGCACAGUAGGAAAGGAGCUAGGAUAGCGAUUUCUGUGUCACGACAUUCCAGAAGGCUCUUACCAGUGACACGUACCACAUUUACCGUGGAAGAUAAAUCCAGGGGUGCGGUCUGCUGAGAGGCUUCCCACCUGGUCGUCCUAGGGUGUCCACAGCCUGGGGAGCUGGCACGUCCGUCUUGUUCUGAGCAUCGGUGUCAGGCUGCCUAGGACUCCGUUGGCCAUUACCUCUUAGCUGCUGUCUUCUCGUGCUGACUUAAAAAACAAAACAAACUUGAAUGUUCUUGAAUUUGUAUUUUAAUAAAGCCAUCCUUUUAUAUUUUUUACAUUAACAUCAGACUACUCAUUUGAAAAAUACUUUUUUUUUUUUUUCCACUUUGUCCUCCCCGUGGCAUAUGGAGCCUCCGGGCCAGGGAUCAGAUCCAAGCUGCAGUCUUAAGCCGAAGCUGUGGCGACACCGGACCCUAACCCACUGUGCCGGGCCGGAAUCAGACCUGCGUCCCAGUGCUCCUAAGACGCCACCAAUCCUGUUGUGCCACAGCAGGAGCUCCAGAAGUGCCUUUUUUAGAAAAAAGUACUGACUGGGAGUUCCCGUUGUGGCUCAGUAGGUUAAGAACCCGACUAGUACCCAUGAAGAUGCGGGUUAAUCCCUGGCCUCAUUCAGUGGGUUUAGGACCCCACGUUGCCAUGAGCUGUGGUGCAGGUCUCAGACAUGGCUCGGGUCCUGUGUGGCUGUGGCUCUGAUUCGACGCCUAGCCUGGGAAUAUCCAUGUGCCGCAGAUGGAGUCCUAAAAAGCAAAAUAAAGUACUGGCCACUAAGGAGUAUUUUCCUUCGGAGACUGAUAAAUUCUUUCUUCAGCAAAUAGUAGGUAGUAGGAUAGCAGACACUGACCCGAGUAACACAUGAGAGAUAAGAUGUUUUUCAUAGAAAUGUGGCUCACAAUCACGCUAACAGACUCUCAGAAAAUUAACAGGAAAAAACUUAGCAGACAUUCAGGUAAAGAGACAGUCUCUAAAAAAGUUGACUAUUCAGGGCUGUUGUUUCAACCUUCCGUUAAUGUUUUUGAGUAGAAUUUGGUUGAUAAGCAAGGGAAGGUAGGGCGAGCUAAUGUUUUAAAAGCUAUCCAGUGUUACAAAUUAGUUCGCGGGGAAUUUCAGUCCUGCUAGGGAGGGCUGCCUCUGUUUGGGGUGUUAGGGAGAUAAAAAUCAGCAGAGCGUCUUCGGGUCCUUCAGCCUUCUGAAUACUAUUUAUAAGGGCAGAUGGCUCCCUAAAAGAAAUCAGCCCGAACAGUCCUUUCUAGGGGAAGAUUGCGAAGGGAACUAGUUAAUGCCAUUUCCCGUUACAAUGGAAGUUCCCGGAAUAUUCAGCUAUGUUUCCUUGUCAGCUUUUUAAAAUUCUUAUUGCCCAGACGCUUGAGAUAAAACUGUUAGGGUUGUUUUCAUUUAAUAAGGCUUGGACAUUUAGAACUAUUAAUAUAACAAGCUACAAGUAUUGGUUUUCGAGACAGGCAGCAGCUCUCUAGCCUUUUUAAUGAAACUUUUCCUUUUAAGGAGAUGACGAUGGUUCUCUUAAUGACCUAAAUAAAAAUGUGGCUCAAGGGUGGUUAUUCCAAAGAAUUAAACCUAGUGAGUUUCAAAAUCUGAA